CGGCGGGCGGGCGCGUGGACACAGCAUGUUCCCGCGGAGGCCUCCGGCCGCCCUGGCCGCCUGGCUGGCGGGGACGCGGGGCGGGGGCCUGCUCGCUCUCUUGGCCAAUCAGUGCCGCUUCGUGACGGGCUUGCGCGUGCGGCGCGCGCACCAGAUCGCCCAGCUCUACGGUCGCCUGUAUUCCGAGAGCUCGCGCUGCGUCCUGCUCGGACGCCUGUGGCGCCGGCUGCGUGGACGCCCUGGCCAUGCCUCUGCCUUGAUGGCGGCGCUUGCUGGUGUCUUCGUGUGGGAUGAGGAGAGGAUCCAGGAGGAGGAGUUGCAGAGAUCCAUUAAUGAAAUGAAACGGUUGGAGGAAAUGUCAAGCAUAUUUCAGAGCUCUGGAGUCGAGCAUCACCCUCCAGAAUCAAAAUCCCAAACAGAAGGGAAUGAAGAUUUAAAGGACAAAGAGGAACCAUGGGAAAUGGUGAUGGAUAAAAAACAUUUUAAACUGUGGCGGCGCCCAAUUAUAGGCACCCACCUUUACCAGUACCGAGUUUUUGGAACCUAUACAGAUGUGACACCUCGGCAGUUCUUCAAUGUUCAGCUGGACACAGAGUAUAGAAAAAAGUGGGAUGCUCUGGUGAUCAAGCUGGAGGUGAUUGAGAGGGACGUGGUUAGUGGUUCUGAGGUUCUUCACUGGGUAACCCAUUUCCCUUAUCCGAUGUACUCUCGGGAUUAUGUUUAUGUUCGACGAUACAGUGUGGAUCAAGAGAACAAUGUGAUGGUGUUGGUGUCUCGUGCUGUACAACAUCCCAGUGUGCCAGAGUCUCCAGAAUUUGUGAGGGUCAGAUCCUAUGAAUCCCAAAUGGUUAUCCGUCCCCACAAGUCAUUUGAUGAGAAUGGCUUUGACUACUUGUUGACAUACAGUGACAAUCCCCAGACUGUGUUUCCUCGCUAUUGUGUUAGUUGGAUGGUUUCCAGCGGCAUGCCAGAUUUCCUGGAGAAGCUUCACACAGCCACUCUGAAAGCCAAGAACAUGGAGAUCAAAGUGAAGGACUACAUCGCGGCUAAGCCUCUAGAAAUGAACAGUGAGGCCAAGGCCACUUCCCAGUCCUCUGAGCGGAAGACUGAGGGUAGUCAUAGCCCUGCUCAGAUUGAAUAUGCCUGAAAGACUUUGGGAUAAGGAUAGACAGACACUUCUAACCCUGUCUCAGUCCCUUAUCACUGCUACAGAACGGGGACAAGCCACAUGUGUUAGAAGGCGUCUGCUGUAACCACCAAUGCAGGAUAAUUCACUAACUGGAGUCUUGAUCUUAUUCAGAGCCCUUAUUGCUCUCUAGCAAACAGAGAAGGCAGCAUUGUGGAGACAUUGUCAAAUUCUCAGGCUAACCAUUUUGAGAUUCAGUGUUUCUCCGAGCUAGUCUGGAACAAGCCUUUCACCUCAGGCCAGAAGGGGAUGACUUCCAUCUGCUUCUUCCAAGUAGUUUCCUUGCUGACAUUCCAUAUCUUACCAUUGGUUGUGCAGUGCUUGGAUUUCCUUCCAUUCUGCAAGUCACCUGGAAGGUGUGGUUGGCUGGUCAUUUCUUAUGAGGGGGUCACUGGGAGUACUCUUGGUAACAGGUCUAGUGUGAAUGGGUGUGAAUGAUACUUGGCCAUGUUAAGUGCCUUGUCCUCACCUUUUAUCCUUAGGGACAUGAAGUUUAUACCAAGAAAUUUCUCCUCUUGCAGAAUACCACCCCACUCAAAGCUAUAUUCUUUGGAUCAUUGCUUCUUUGCCAGCCUUAGCCAUUUGCCAAGAACACUAGAAAUGAGCCCUUUUAGACAACAGCUUUCUGUAUCACUAGUUCCUUUGUCAGGGUCAGUGAAAUGCACACAAAAAAAAUCACAUUUAAUUUUUUAAUAUUUCUAUUAAAAAGGCCUUGGGGGAAUUGAGCACUUUCUCGCCAAAGCUAUUCUGAUUAGAAAAUACAUUGUUUUGGUUCAGGCAUUUUCCCAGCUACUGAAUUGACUUGUCCUCAGAAGGCUAAAUGCAAGAGAAAUGUAGGCUGCACCCCUCCUCAGAGCUUUCAGAACUGUAGGCAAGCUGUGUGGAUGAACAGAUGCAGUCAUGCCUCAAACUCAGUGCAGUGGGAAUGUGGUUUCUUCCUUUAAAAAGAUUUUCCUUCCCUCUUCAGAACUGAAACAAAAGCAGGCCACACUGUUGGGAUGGUACCAGAUGGUACUGCUUGGCCUCACUAGUUUUCCUUAUAGUCAUGCACAGUCUUUUGGGAGAAUGGGGAUCAAAUUUUAAAUCCUCCUCCUUUUUUUCUGGAGUUUCUUCUUUUUUUCCUGCUUGCUAUCCUGUUGUGGUGUUGAAAGGAAUCUAAACCUGAGACUAAUUAAACACCUCCUUGACCUAGUUGUUUUUUCACUUAUGUGCCAAGGAAACAACGAGAGCCCCAGUGUUUCGUCUCUUCUCGGAGUUGUUUUGCAGAGCAGAGUUGCAUUGAGCAGUCUGGCAUCUUUUUAUCACCAUUUCUCUCCCCUAGGACCUGACAGAAACCAGAGAAAAUUCUCUGGGUCAUGUGUGAACUUAGCGCCUGUGGUUGUGAACAGUUGUGUGUGUGAGAGUCUACACAGGUGCUAAGUAGUUGAGGCUGCCUCAUCUUCUGACUUACAGUAAUUUGAUUCUGUACAGUUAUGUCAUUGUAAUGAUUUUGCUCUUAACUGUGAUCUUUUUAUCAAAUGUGUGAAUAAAUACAUAAAGAUUGGUA